AUGCGCUUGUUUUUAGUAUUGGCGGUUAUUGCAACCUUUUGCUGCCUACAUGUCGUGAAAUCAGUCGGGGCAAGUCCAGCUGAAGGUGUUAAUGCCGAUAGUAACGUGAACGCGGCCAACAGUUUGGAUGACUUAGCAGAUCUUGGCGAUGAGCAUGGAAAUGAAGGUGACAGAAAUGCACGUCAAUGGGGCUAUGGCGGUCGGCGUAGAUGGGGCGGAGGCUGGGGCGGAGGAUAUGGCGGUUAUGGAGGUGGAUGGGGUGGUGGUUAUAGACGCGGAUGGGGUGGUGGCUGGGGAGGCGGCUACAGACGCGGUUAUUGGGGUUAA